GUCAUAUGCAUGUAGACCGCUAGACACAGAUCUUUUACUCAAUCUUUUCCCAGAGAUCCCUUAGAAUCUCGUGGUCGUUUACUCCUUCAUUUUGUUACCCUCCUCGUCCCAUGGCUCACCGCGAGGAUCGUCGCGAGGACCUUGGCGAGGCCUUUCAACUUGAAGAAGAGGAUGCACCUCUGCUAGAUGAGGCCCAGCCCGAAGAUAGCAGCAAAAGGCCAAGGACGCCGUUGCCAAAACUCCAGAUUGGCAUCCUCACCCUCAUCCAGUUUGUGUCACCGGUGUCUGCUCAGAGCAUAUACCCAUAUAUCAAUCAACUCAUACGAGAACUAGAUAUCACACAUGGUGACGAGACCAAGGUUGGAUACUAUGCGGGUCUCAUAGAAUCGUUGUUCUUUGUCACGCAAGCCUGUACGACCUUGUCUUGGAGCCGACUUUCAGACCACAUCGGACGUAAACCUGUGAUCCUGAUCGGGCUCUCGGGUCUAAGCAUAUCUAUGCUCUCGUUUGGCUUGUCGCGAACGUUCAUCACGCUGGUGCUCAGUCGCUGUAUAUGCGGCGUACUAAAUGGGAGCUCGGGAGUCAUGAAGGGCAUGAUGGGCGAGCUUCUGGACGCAACCAAUAUGGCUCAGGGAUUUGCGCUGCUGCCCAUUUAUCGGUGUGUUGGCGUGACCGUGGGACCAUUCAUUGGUGGUUUACUUGCGCGACCAGCAGAUAGUUGGCCGCAUAUGUUCUCGGGGCGGUUCUGGCAUGAAUAUCCUUAUUUUCUUCCAUGUUUCGCCGUAUCCGCGUUGGUUGCGCUGAUAGCGGUAGCCAUGGCGCUUUUUCUCAAGGAGACACUCCCGAGACGUAAAACCAAAAGGUCAUCAUCUGAAAGCCCUGAAGAUGCCCAAGCUGACUUUCCCUCCGACGCUCCUCCGCCUAUGCGAACGCUUCUCAUCCCUUCUAUCCUUAUUCCCAUCGCGAACAACGGCCUGCUCGCCGUCGUCGAAACUGGAUACAACGCUCUCGUACCCUUGUUCUACUCGACUCCUUUGAGUAACGGUGGUCUCGGUUUCUCGCCCGCCGCUAUCGGCAUUUUACUGGGCUGCUUCGGCAUCCUCAACGGGAUCGCGCAGAUUCUCUUCUUUGCACCCAUCGUGCAUCGCCUUGGACCAACGCCCACGUUCAAGCUCUCCGUCGCGUUUUUCUUUCCUAUCUUCGCGUUGUUCCCGAUCAUGUCGUGGUAUGUCGCAAAAUCGGGCGUUGACAGCGUUGUAUGGGGGUGUCUGGUGCUUCAGCUGUUGCUGCAGACUGUCAAGGACAUGGCUUAUGGUACUGUCACGAUGCACAUUACCUCGGCUGCUCCAUCCAAGCGUUCACUUGGAAGUGUUAUCGGUAUCUCACAGACCGUAUCGUCUGUAGCACGAGGGCUUGGCCCAGCGAUGGCUACGUCCAGCUUUGCUGCCUCAAAGCAAUACAAUCUACUGGGUGGAAAUCUUGUCUACGCGAUCAUGGUCGCUUUGACAUUCUGCGUCUUGUAUCUAGGGAGUUGGUUGCCGGAUGAACUCCCAAAGCGCAGGAACUAGAGCUCGUUAUAAGAGCGUAAAUAGACAUAGGAAAUAUGUAAUUGUACCCGGCGCUAUGAUGCCUCAGCCUGAAUCCAUGCUGCCGAUGCUGAAGGCCC